AUGGUUUCUAUUAAUUCAUCUCUUCGAUGGAAAUACCUUUAUAAUGUCUUGUCUAAAGCAGGCCCACACAGUGACGAGGACUGGUUGCCUGGAUCAGAGACGAUUAAUGCACUUGAAUCUUCAAAAGUCCUGGUUAUCGGCGCUGGAGGUCUGGGAUGUGAGAUCCUGAAGAACCUGGCCUUGUCUGGGUUCAAAGACAUCCAUGUUAUCGACAUGGACACCAUUGAUAUCUCCAACCUGAAUCGACAAUUCUUGUUCCGUCAAUCGGAUAUCGGCAAACCUAAAGCGGAAGUUGCUGCCUCAUUCGUAGAAAGACGGGUUAAAGGAGUCAAGAUUACCCCAUAUGUGGGAAAAAUCCAAGACAAGGAUGAAGAUUACUACAUGCAAUUCAAAAUCAUUGUAUGCGGCCUCGAUAGCAUUGAGGCUAGACGGUGGAUCAAUGCAACACUCAUUGGCAUGGUCGAUGGCGACGACCCGGAAAGUUUGAAGCCGCUUAUCGAUGGUGGCACGGAAGGAUUCAAGGGUCAGGCCCGUGUGAUCCUGCCCACACUGUCCUCAUGUAUCGAGUGCCAACUUGACAUGCAUGCCCCCAGGCCUGCUGUCCCACUUUGUACGAUUGCAACUAUCCCCCGACAACCCCAGCAUUGUAUUGAAUGGGCCCAUCAAAUUGCCUGGCAAGAGCAGCGCAAAGAUGACACCUUCGACAGCGAUGACCUGGAGCACAUCAAUUGGAUCUACAACACUGCCCUCGAGCGUGCGGGGCAGUUCAACAUCCACGGCGUCACGUUCCAGAUGGCUCAAGGAGUGGUGAAAAACAUCAUCCCGGCGAUUGCAUCUACAAAUGCUGUCAUCGCGGCCUCAACCACCUCCGAAGCGUUGAAGAUUGCCACCUCGUGCAAUCCCUAUCUCGAAAAUUAUAUGAUGUAUGCUGGCGAGGAGGGGGUAUAUACUUACACCUUCGAGGCGGAGAAGAAACCGGAUUGUCCUGUCUGCGGCAAUCUGGCGCGGAAGAUGACGGUGGAUCCGGAUAUGACGCUGGAUGCUUUCAUCGAGACUCUGGGCGAGAGACCUGAAGCCCAGCUGAAGAAGCCCAGCAUGAGAACAGAAGAGAGGACACUCUACCAGCGGUUCCCACCCCAGUUGGAGGAACAGACGCGGGCAAAUCUGAAGUGCAAGCUCAGGGACCUGGUUGCAGAUGGGCAGGAAAUCGCAGUCAGCGACCCUGCGUAUACAAUCGACUUCCGCUACCGAUUGGCGUUUAGCUAG